AUGGCCUAUAAUUACAUGGAGCACUUUCUUAACGACAGGGACAAGCAACUGAAGGAGCAGCGCUACACAAGUACAGCCAUCGAAAGCCAAACCUCUGAGUUUUGUGAAGAGUUAAGUGAGUUGCAGACGGACAAACUGUCAAAAUCAGAGGUGGUUCUUCCACUAGCAGACCAGCAAGAGAAAUUUGAUGAAAUCAGCCUGUCAGAAGGAAGUACAGUGGAUUUGGCAAUUCCCUCAGAGCUUCUGGAACAGAUGCCUGAACUGGCUGAAGAAUUGUUGGAUCCUGAAGAUUGCUUCCCAGAAACUUGUGUCCAUAUUCUCCCAUGCUGUACAGUGGAUGUCACAAAAUUCCCUGGCAAAGUUUGGUGGCGCCUGAGGAAAACCUGCUAUCAAAUCGUUGAACACAGUUGGUUUGAGACGUUCAUCAUUUUCAUGAUUCUUCUCAGCAGCGGAGCUUUGGCUUUUGAAGACAUCUACUUGGACGAAAGGAAGAACAUCAAAACCAUGCUGGAAUAUGCUGAUAAAAUCUUUACUUACAUCUUUGUUUUGGAAAUGCUUCUGAAAUGGGUCGCCUACGGCUUUAAGAAGUACUUCACCAAUGCUUGGUGCUGGCUUGAUUUCCUCAUUGUGGAUGUCUCACUAAUAAGCCUCAUAGCUAGUUCUCUUGGAUACUCCGAAAUGGGUCCCAUUAAAUCCCUUAGGACCCUCAGAGCUCUGAGGCCUUUAAGAGCACUCUCACGAUUUGAAGGGAUGAGGGUGGUAGUGAAUGCCUUGGUAGGGGCCAUCCCUUCAAUCAUGAAUGUUCUGCUUGUCUGCCUCAUUUUUUGGCUCAUCUUCAGCAUCAUGGGAGUCAACUUGUUUGCCGGCAAAUUUGGGAAAUGCAUUAACAAGACAGAAGGCGAUGAGCCUUUGAACCACACAAUUGUCAACAACAAGAGUGAGUGUCAAAGCAUGAAUGACACUGGAGAGUUGUACUGGACCGUAGUGAAAGUCAACUUUGACAAUGUUGGUGCUGGUUACCUGGCUCUGCUUCAAGUGGCAACUUUUAAAGGUUGGAUGUCCAUUAUGUAUGCAGCGGUAGAUUCACGAGAGAGAGAAGAACAGCCUGUGUGGGAAUAUAACUUGUACAUGUACCUCUAUUUUGUGAUCUUUAUUAUCUUCGGUUCUUUCUUCACUUUGAAUCUUUUCAUUGGUGUCAUCAUUGACAAUUUUAAUCAACAAAAAAAGAAGUUAGGUGGACAAGACAUCUUCAUGACUGAGGAACAGAAAAAAUACUAUAAUGCCAUGAAAAAAUUAGGAUCCAAGAAACCUCAGAAGCCCAUCCCCCGUCCGCUGAACAAGUUUCAAGGUUUCAUCUUUGACCUUGUCUUGAACCAAGCCUUUGAUGUUUGCAUCAUGCUUCUGAUAUGCCUAAACAUGGUGACCAUGAUGGUGGAGACCGACGACCAGAGUCCAGAAAAAGUGAUCAUCCUCUACAGAAUCAAUAUGGUCUUUGUUGCGAUCUUCACUGCAGAGUGUAUCUUCAAAAUGACAGCUCUGAGGCAUUACUAUUUCACCAAUGGAUGGAACAUAUUUGAUUUUGUAGUUGUGAUUCUAUCUAUUGUCGGCUCAGUCCUGUCUGACAUCAUCCAGAAGUACUUCUUUUCCCCUACGCUGUUCCGAGUCAUCCGCCUGGCUCGGAUAGGUCGGAUCUUGAGACUUAUCAGAGGUGCCAAAGGAAUCCGAACGCUUCUGUUUGCCUUAAUGAUGUCCCUCCCUGCUUUGUUCAAUAUCGGGCUCCUCCUGUUCCUGGUCAUGUUUAUUUAUGCCAUCUUUGGCAUGGCCAACUUUGCCUAUGUCAAGAAAGAACACGGGAUCGACGACAUGUUCAACUUCGAGACGUUUGCCAACAGCAUGCUUUGCCUAUUCCAGAUCACCACGUCGGCUGGCUGGGAUGGUCUUCUCAACCCCAUUUUGAACACGGGCCCCCCCUAUUGUGACCCCAGCUACGUUAACUCCAAUGGGUCAAAGGGGAACUGCGGCAGUCCCGCCGUGGGAAUCCUGUUCUUUGUUACCUACAUUAUCAUCUCUUUCCUCAUCGUGGUCAACAUGUACAUAGCUAUUAUUUUGGAGAACUUCAGUGUCGCCACUGAAGAGAGCACGGAGCCUCUAAGCGAGGAUGACUUUGACAUGUUUUACGAAACCUGGGAGAAGUUUGACCCCGAAGCUACACAGUUUAUUAACUAUGCUGCCCUUUCCCGUUUUGCAGAUUCUCUGCCAGAACCUUUGCGCAUUGCGAAACCCAACCAUGUUAAGCUCAUAGCCAUGGACCUUCCCAUGGUGAGCGGAGACAGGAUCCACUGCUUAGAUAUUUUGUUUGCUUUCACCAAAAGGGUUCUGGGAGAAUCUGGAGAAAUGGAUGCCCUUAAAAUACAGAUGGAGGAGAAAUUCAUGGCAGCCAACCCAUCGAAGGCAUCUUACGAACCCAUCACCACUACGCUGAGGCGGAAACAGGAAGAGGUGUCCGCUUCUGUCAUCCAGAGAGCUUACAGAAGUCACCUUUUCCAACGUACCCUCAAGCAAGCAUCUUUCUUGUAUCGCCAAAAAACCUGCACCCCAGGAGAAGAGGCUCCAGAGAAGGAAGGCCUCAUUGCCUGCAUGAUGGAUGAAAACUACCGGAAGCCUAUCGACAAAUCCGAAACUCUCUCCUCCACUUCCUUCCCCCCUUCCUACGACAGUGUCACCCGGGGCACCAGUGAGAAUUUCCAGCUGAGGAUGACGGACUCCAGCGGGUGCGAUGAACCACUAGACGAUCAGUUAUCAGCUGACCAAGAUAAAGAGUCAAUUGUUUAAACGUGUUUAAAACACUUUACAAUAUUGUUUACAGAAUGUAAUGCUGUCACUACACAACCGGUUGAAGCAGCCUUGUUAAACAUUAGUUGCAAAGGCAGCAGGAAAGCAGGUAAACCCUGAAGGAAGGGGGCGUCACUGUGUUACAGAGGCCUAACCUCUGGCCCUGCUCUUUUCCACUUUGCUCAAUGUUUAUAUUUAUAUAUGCACAAAGGGGGCAGAAGGGGAACCAGCACAAACAAGGUCACAGCCAAAGUGUGAUUACCGAAACGCUAAACUAUAAGACAGUGAAUAUUUAUACCUAUACUGUACACAACAUAAACCUGAGCGCAUACUUUCAUUUUAAGGUCUUACUUAUAUUAGUGCAUUUAUUUAUGGCAAUUACGACCUUGCAUUCUAUAAUAACAGUGGGGUGGAGAAGAAGACCAGCAAUCAGGUAGCUGCUGUAGCGAAGCUGUAAUACUUAAUGUGUAUGUUAUGAAUGGUCUUUCUCAAGAAAAUUACAGAUAGUCCUCAUUUAGCGACCACAGUCAGGAUCGGCAAAUGAAGUGGUCGCUAAGUGAAACUGCAACUGUGCUUAUGAACUUCCUUCAGCUUUCCUUUGCUUUGCAGACCAUUGAGGGUCGUAAAUGCGAGGAUUGGCCAGAAAGUUACUUUUUCAUCAUCAACACCACCAUCAUCAUCGUCGUAACUGGGAACAGUCGCUAUACAAGGCAGUCGCUAAACGAGGACUACCUGUAUGUAUGUGUGUGUGCCUUCUUUUCCACAAAUUAUUAUCAUUUUACAUCUGCCUCCCCGGGCCCAGAUAUGUUGGGAUGAUAUAACGCUCAAAUUUUGGGUCAGCCAUAGUUAUUGUUGAGGUUGGCCACACGGCUGGGAAUUUUGUGAGAUAUUGUUCUGAAUCAUACGGGGGCGCCAGAUUGGGAAAGGCCGUUCUAGAGGACGAGGGGAAUCAGGGACCAUUCCCCAAUUAACAGGAAAUGCUCCUACUUGCUGAGAGAAUAUGUUGCAAGACAAAAUUAUUGCGUCAGCAACGUUUCCGUUUUCUAUUGCAGCCAUGCCCCUGCUUACACCAGGCCUGUCAGCAAUUUAACCCAGGGAAAGAAAAAAAAAAGACAAAAAUUGACUU